AGUCAGGAAGAGGGAGGAGGAAUCAAGAUUAAAAAUGGCCACCAGCAGCUGCUGGGAACAGCAACAACUCCUGACUUUCCGGGAUGGGAGGAUGGGGCAUUGAUGGAAGGAAGAAGGAGAAGAGCAGCAGCUGGCACCAUUGUACCUACCUAACAGGACGGGAGAAGGGAGGCACCCAGCCUGGCAGAUCCCAGCCCUAUCCUCCCCAUUGCUUUCUCUGCUCACCUUGACGUUUGGAGGAAGGAAGCGAUUGUGUGUGUGUGGGACUAGCCGAGGACGUGUUGUAUUGUGUGCCCGGGAUCUAUCAUACGCGAUCGGAUGACAGCAGGCAUGCCGGGAAGACCGCAAUAGAGGAGGAGAUCCGAGGAGCCUGGGCUCUGCAUGUCUGGGGAAAUAAAGAAAAUAGAAAGUGACCUUACAACUAUCAAAGUAAAAAAUGAUGCCGCAGUCCUCCAUGCUCUGGAUAAAAUCCUGAAUAUCUCUGGUCCAUAUUAUCAAAGGUAAGAAGGGAGCAUUAACAAAAGUGCAACCAUGAAUAUGGUGAAGAGGAUCAUGGGCCGACCUCGGCAAGAGGAGUGCAGCCCGCAGGACAAUGCCCUAGGUUUAAUGCAUUUGAGGCGACUCUUCACUGAGCUUUGUCAUCCUGCCCGACACAUGACUCAAAAGGAACAGGAAGAAAAACUUUACAUGAUGCUGCCUGUCUUUAACAGGGUGUUUGGAAAUGCACCUCCUAGCACAAUGACCGAGAAGUUUUCAGACCUUCUACAGUUUACAACGCAAGUGUCACGCUUGAUGGUGACUGAGAUUCGAAGGAGAGCUUCUAAUAAGUCCACAGAGGCUGCAAGUCGAGCCAUUGUCCAGUUCCUGGAGAUCAACCAGAGUGAAGAGACCAGCAGGGGCUGGAUGCUUCUGACUGUCAUUAACCUGUUGGCUUCAUCUGGGCAGAAAACUGUGGACUGCAUGACGACCAUGUCGGUGCCUUCCACCCUGAUUAAAUGUCUGUACCUGUUUUUUGACCUCCCACACGUGCCUGAGGUACCUGGAGGAGCAGAGAAUGAGCUGCCCAUGACUGAACGCAGAGCCUUGCUCCAGAAAGUCUUUGUGCAGAUUUUGGUGAAGUUGUGCAACUAUGUAUCUCCAGCAGAGGAGCUGGCUCAGAAAGAUGACCUUCAACUCCUCUUUAGUGCAAUAACAUCCUGGUGCCCUCCAUACAACAUUCCCUGGAGAAAAAGUGCUGGUGAAGUUUUAAUGACCAUUUCACGACAUGGGCUUAGCCUAAAUGUGGUGAAAUAUAUACAUGAGAAAGAAUGCCUGGCCACAUGUGUGCAGAACAUGCAGCAGUCAAAUGAUCUGUCUCCUCUGGAAAUUGUGGAGAUGUUUGCUGGUCUCUCCUGCUUUCUCAAGGACUCCAGUGAUGUAUCUCAGACACUGCUGGAUGACUUUAGGACGUGCCAAGGAUAUGUCUUCCUCUCCGACCUCCUGCUAAGGCUAGACCAAGCUAAAGAGAACGAAUCCAAAGAUGCGCUGAAGGACUUGGUUAACCUAAUUACUUCUUUAACAACAUAUGGUGUCAAUGAACUGAGACCAGCUGGUUUAACUACAGGGGCACCUUUUUUAUUGCCAGGCUUUUCCGUCCCGCAGCCUGCCGGAAAAGGUUUGAGUGUGAGGAAUAUCCAAGCCUUCUCAGUCCUACAAAAUGCAUUUCUUAAAGCAAAGACCUGCUACCUUGCACAGAUUAUACUGGAUGCCAUCACCAAUAUUUAUAUGUCGGACAAUGCCAAUUACUUUAUCCUGGAGCCUCAGCAUACACUUUCCCAAGUUGCAGAGAAGAUUACCAAGUUGCCUGAUGUGCAGGUGAAAUACUUUGAGAUGCUCGAAUUUUUGGUUUUCAGCUUGAACUAUAUUCCUUGCAAAGAAUUGAUCAGUGUCAGCAUUCUUUUGAAGUCCAACACUUCAUUCUCCUGCAGUAUCAUAGCCACUAAGACACUUCUUAAAUUCAUUCGACACCAUCACAUCUUUAAAGAUGUUUUUAAAGAAGUAGGACUUCUGGAGGUAAUGGUCAACCUUUUGCACAAAUAUGCUGCUGUACUGAAAGACCCAGCCCAAGCCUACAUCGAACAAGGUUGUACAAUUGUAAUACAGUCCUCAGAGGAGCAAAGGCAAUUGGCACUGGUGGUGAUGGAAACUCUAACAGUUUUGCUGCAAGGAUCAAAUACCAAUGCUGGUGUCUUCAGAGAAUUUGGAGGUGCAAGAUGUGUCCACAACAUAGUCAAGUACCCUCAAUGUCGGGAGCAUGCCCUCAUGGUGAUCCAGCAAUUAAUGUUAUCCCCAAGUGGAGAUGAUGACAUGGGGACCCUUUUAGGACUAAUGCACUCUGCUCCAUCAACGGAGCUUCAGCUCAAGACGGACAUUCUGCGGGCCCUUUUAAUAGUUUUGAGAGAGAGUCACCGGACAAGGACCGUUUUCAGGAAAGUUGGAGGUUUUGUAUACGUCACUUCCCUGUUGGUCGCAAUGGAGAAAUCUUUGAGUUGUCCACCAAGGAACGGAUGGGAAAAAGUGAACCAGAACCAGGUCUUUGAACUUUUGCACACCGUUUUCUGCACAUUGACAGCAGCCAUGCGGUAUGAGCCUGCAAACUCUCAUUUCUUUAAAACUGAGAUCCAGUAUGAAAAACUAGCGGAUGCCAUUCGGCUGCUAGGCUGCUUUGCAGAAUCACGGAAAAUCAAACCGUCAAAUGUCUUUCCUUCCAAUAAUCAGCCAUUUCAGAGACUGCUAGAAGAGGACCUGGUGCACUUGGACUCUGUGUGCCCCGUUCUGAGGCACUGCAGCAAACUCUUUGUAUAUCUCUAUAAAGUCACCACAGACUCCUUUGACAGUCGUGCAGAACAGAUCCCACCUUGUUUGACAAAUGAGACCACUCUCCCUUCACCUUGGGGGACUCCAGCUCUUUCCAGGAAAAGACAUGUCUACCAUACAGUAUCCACUUCUUCCCUGAUACCUCCUAAAAACGUUGGUGACCUGAAAAUUCAUGCAAGUACAGCUCUAGGUUCAGAUGCAGUAAUCAUCCAUCCCGGUGCCAUGCUUUCCAUGCUGGACCUCCUGGCAUCGGUUGACUCUGACUCCCAACCAGAACAUGCCUUAGAUCUUCAGUUGGCAGUUGCAAACAUCUUACAGUCAUUAGUACACACAGAAAGGAAUCAGCAAGUUAUGUGUGAGGGAGGCCUCCAUGCCCGUCUGUUGCACAGGUGCAGUGCUGCCCUAGCUGAUGAGGACCAUGCAUUACACCCUCCACUCCAACGUAUGUUUGAGAGGCUAGCAUCUCAAGCAUUAGAACCUAUGGUACUAAGAGAGUUCCUCCGUCUUGGAAACCCUUUGAACUGUGCAGCUUGGGACAAGCGAUUAUUGAAACAGUACAGAGUACACAAGCCUAGUUCUCUCAGCUAUGAACCAGAAAUGAGAAGUAGCAUGAUCAUGUCAACAGAGGGUCUGGGCUCUGACAGCGUGUUUUGCGUGGGAGACGAUAAACACUACCGGAUAAGCCGGAGCUUGGUAAAAUCAGCAGAAGGAAGCACAGUGCCCCUGACAAGAGUAAAGUGCCUGGUUUCUAUGACAACGCCGCAUGACAUUAGACUUCACGGAUCAUCAGUCACUCCCGCCUUUGUGGAAUUUGACACUUCUCUAGAAGGCUUUGGGUGUCUUUUCCUGCCAAGUUUGGCUCCUCACAAUGCACCAACUAGUAAUGCAGUUACCACAGGUCUUAUUGAUGGAGCUGUUGUCAGUGGCAUUGGAACAGGUGAAAGACUUUUCCCUCCGCCUUCAGGUUUAACCUAUUCCACCUGGUUUUGUAUUGAGCAUUUUAGCACAGCGCCAAAUAAUCACCCUGUUAGACUUCUUACUGUUGUAAGACGAGCAAACUCCUCUGAGCAUCACUACAUAUGUCUUGCCAUUGUCCUCUCAGCAAAAGAUAAAUCCCUCAUCGUGUCGACUAAGGAGGAACUUCUUCAGAACUAUGUGGAUGACUUCAGUGAAGAAUCUUCUUUCUAUGAGAUUCUGCCAUGCUGUGCCAGAUUCCGUUGUGGUGAGCUGAUAAUGGAAGGCCAGUGGCAUCAUCUAGUUCUGGUGAUGAGUAAAGGCAUGCUGAAAAAUAGCACUGCAGCUUUAUAUCUAGAUGGGCAACUAGUCAAUACAGUAAAGUUACACUAUGUACAUAGCACCCCAGGGGGAUCUGGCUCAGUCAACCCACCAGUGGUUAGCACAGUCUAUACUUAUGUUGGCACUCCACCAGCUCAACGGCAGCUUUCUUCACUGGUGUGGCGCCUUGGACCAACUCACUUUUUGGAGGAAGUCUUGACAGCUGCAAGUGUUGGACUUAUAUAUGAACUAGGACCAAAUUAUGUUGGAAGCUUUCAGGCAGUUUGCGCUCCAUGUAAAGAUUCCAAGUCUGAAUCGGGUACCCCAUCUCUGGUGUCACUGGUACCUGAAGAAAAAGUUUCCUUUGGGCUCUAUGCACUUUCUGUGUCAUCUUUAACAGUAGCAAGAAUAAGAAAAGUGUAUAACAAAUUGGAUAGCAAAGCAAUUGCAAAACAGCUGGCCAUAUCCUCUCAUGAAAAUGCUACCCCAGUGAAACUGCUACACAAUUCAGCUGGACACUUGAAUGGACCAGCUCGGACCAUAGGAGCAGCACUCAUUGGCUACCUAGGAGUGAGAACGUUUGUCCCAAAACCUGUAGCUACAACCUUGCAAUACAUUGGAGGAGCAGCUGCCAUUCUUGGACUAGUAGCAAUGGCAUCUGAUGUUGAAGGCCUCUAUGCAGCAGUCAAGGCUCUUGUGUGCGUAGUAAAAAGCAACCCACUUGCCAGCAAAGAGAUGGAAAGGAUUAAAGGUUACCAGCUUCUGGCAAUGUUGCUGAAGAAAAAAAGAGGACUUCUCAACAGCCACAUUUUACAUCUCACCUUUUCCCUGGUGGGAACAGUGGACAGUGGUCAUGAGACUUCCAUUAUCCCCAACUCAACUGCCUUUCAAGAUUUAUUAUGUGACUUUGAGGUCUGGCUCCAUGCACCAUACGAGCUUCAUCUUUCCCUGUUUGAGCAUUUUAUUGAGCUUCUCACAGAAUCAAGCGAGGCUUCAAAGAAUGCAAAGCUCAUGAGAGAGUUCCAGUUGAUACCCAAAUUAUUGUUGACUCUGCGAGACAUGUCUCUAUCCCAACCCAGUAUAUCUGCCAUCAGUAACGUACUGAGUUACCUUCUCCAAGGCUUCCCCAACAGCAAUGACCUGCUCAGGUUUGGCCAGUUCAUUUCCUCAACAUUACCUACAUUUGCUGUUUGUGAGAAGUUUGUUAUUAUGGAAAUAAAUAAUGAAGAGAAGCUUGAGCCAGGAUCUGAAGAUGACUUUGGAGGACUUGUCUCUGCUAGUCUCAUUCUUCUGAGAAACAGACUAUUGGAUAUGUUGCUUAAGCUGCUUUACACCACAAAGGAAAAGACCACCGUGAAUCUGCAAGCUUGUGAAGAACUUGUGAAGACUCUCGGCUUUGAUUGGGUAAUAAUGUUUAUGGAAGAACAUCUGCACUCCACCACAGUGACAGCAGCCAUGAGGAUUUUGGUGGUUCUUUUGAGCAAUCAGUCGAUCCUUAUCAAAUUCAAGGAAGGAGUUAGUGGAGGAGGAUGGCUGGACCAAACCGACUCUGUAUUGACCAAUAAAAUCGGCACUGUGCUAGGUUUCAAUGUUGGAAGGAGUGCUGGCGGCAGAUCAACGCUCAGGGAGAUUAACCGUGAUGCAUGUCAUUUCCCUGGCUUCCCGGUCCUUCAGUCACUUCUUCCAAAGCACACUAACGUACCUGCCCUUUACUUUCUGCUCAUGGCUCUGUUCCUUCAGCAACCAGUCACUGAACUGCCUGAGAACUUGCAGGUCAGUGCACCUGUCAUCAGCAACCGAAGUAACCGGGGUUGCCAGUUUGACUUGGAUUCCAUCUGGACUUUCAUCUUUGGAGUUCCUGCUUCCAGUGGGAAUGUGUUCUCCUCCAUCCACAAUGUCUGCACAGAAGCUGCCUUACUGCUACUGGGCAUGCUCAGGACAAUGCUUAAUUCUCCAUGGCAGUCAGAAGAGGAGGGCUCGUGGCUCAGAGAGUACCCAGUUACCCUGAUGCAGUUCUUCCGUUACCUCUACCACAAUGUUCCAGACCUUGCUCCAAUGUGGAACAGCCCUGAGUUCCUGUGUGCCUUGGCAGCAUCGGUAUUCUCCUUUAACAUUCGUCCAUACUCUGAAAUGGUUACAGACUUGGAUGAUGAAGUGGGCUCUCCUGCUGAAGAAUUUAAAGCUUUUGUGUCAGACUCUGGCAUGAACAGAAGUCAGUCUGAAUACUGCAAUGUGGGCUCCAAGACCUAUCUCACCAGUCAUCCUGCCAAAAAGUUUGUGUUUGACUUCAUGCGUGUCCUGGUCAUUGAGAAUCUGUGUCAGACUCCUGCCAGCAAGCAGACACCUCUCAUAGACUUACUGUUAGAGUCUUCUCCUGAAAGAUCAACGAGAGCUCAGCAGAAGGAAUUCCAGACCUACAUAUUGGACAGUGUGAUGGACCACCUGCUGGCCGCUGAUGUUCUCCUAGGAGAGGAUGCCUCUUUACCUGUGACUACUGGUGGUAAUUAUCAGGUGCUGGUGAACAAUGUGUUUUAUUUCACUCAGCGAGUUGUGGAUAAGCUGUGGCAAGGAAUGUUCAACAAAGACUCCAAAGUAGUGGUUGACUGCGUCAUCCAGCUCAUCUCCCAGUCAAAAAGACGAUCUCAAGGUUUGUCCCUCGAAACUAUAUAUAACUGCCUAAAUCGAACUGUAUUAUACCAGUUCUCAAGAGCACAUAAAACUGUCCCUCAGCAAGUGGCUCUUCUGGAUUCUCUGCGGGUUCUCACUGUGAAUAGAAACCUUAUUCUGGGUCCUGGGAAUCACGAGCAGGAUUUCAUUGCCUGCUUAGCUCACUGUUUGAUUAACCUCUACACAGGAAGUAACCCUGAUGGGUUCGGAUUGGAAGCGGAAGCCAGGAUGACCACUUGGCACAUAAUGAUGCCAUCAGACGUUGAAGCAGAUGGAAUGUAUCAGGAUAUAAGUGAAGGGCGCCAGCUUCUCUUGAAAGCUGUCAACCGAGUUUGGAUAGAGCUGAUUCAUAGCAAGAAACAAGUUCUGGAGGAUAUGUUCAAAGUGACAUUUCCUGUCAAUGACCGAGGACAUGUGGAUAUUGGAGUUGUCAGGCCUUUUAUUGAGGAAGCAACGUUGCGUUCUUGGCAAAACCACCUUACAUAUGAAAAGAAAUGCAUCAGUAAAGGUGAAGCUAUGGUGCCUCAGUCAAAGCUGUCACGUGUCAGUAGUGGCUUUGGCCUCUCCAAGCUAACUGGAUCAAGAAGAAAUCGUAAGGAGAGUGGACUCAAUAAACACAAUCUCUCCACACAGGAAAUUUCUCAGUGGAUAUUCACUCACAUUGCUGUUGUAAGGGACUUGGUGGAUAUGCAUUAUAAAGAAUACCAGGAGCGUCAACAAAAUGCAUUAAAAUAUGUAACAGAGGAGUGGAACCAGAUUGAAUAUGAACUCCUCAGGGAGAGGGGACUUUGGGGACCACCUAUCGGCUCCCAUUUAGAUAAAUGGAUGCUGGAGAUGACUGAAGGGCCAUGUAGAAUGAGGAAAAAAGUUGUGAGAAAUGACAUGUUCUACGUUCAUUAUCCUUACGUCCCUGACGUGGAGCAAGACAAUAACACAAUGUCUGAUAUUCCAUGUACACUACCUGAAACCUCUGACGGUCUCUUGAUGGUAACUCAUGAGAAGAGACCUGCUCGCUACCGCCGUGCUAUCAGUUAUGACAGCAAAGAUUAUUAUAUGCGCCUGAUGCCAGGAAACCCAGCAGUGUUCCAGGACACAGUGGAGGAAAGUUCUGAAGAGGCAGCACAGCAUGAGCCAGAACAUGGAGAAGACACCAUUGCCAAGGUGAAAGGCCUAGUAAAAGCACCUCUUAAACGGUCAAAAUCAGCCCCAGAUGGAGGAGAAGAUGAGAACCAGGAUCAUUUACAGGACCAGCUAAGUGAAGGUUCUUCCAUAGAUGAAGAAGAGAAGAUGGAUAGUACCACUCUGCUGAGGCUUCUUGAAGAAGGAGAGAAGAUUCAGCACAUGUAUCGCUGUGCAAGAGUCCAGGGCUUAGACACUGGUGAAGGCCUCCUACUUUUUGGAAAGGAACACUUCUAUGUGGUUGAUGGGUUUACCUUGACCGCCAACCGGGAGAUCCGUGACAUUGAAACGCUACCAGUGAAUAUGCAUGAGCCAAUCAUUCCUCGUGGAGCAAGACAAGGUCCCAGUCAGCUGAAAAGAACUUGCAGCAUCUUCGCAUAUGAAGAUAUCAAAGAAGUCCACAAAAGAAGAUAUCUUCUACAGCCAAUUGCAGUUGAAGUGUUCUCAGCAGAUGGCCGUAACUAUUUGCUAUCUUUUCAAAAAGGUGUUCGAAACAAAGUGUACCAAAGGUUUUUGGCAGUUGUGCCAUCUUUGACAGACAGUUCAGAAUCUGUUUCUGGACAGCGCCCAAACACAAGUGUGGAGCAAGGGUCUGGGCUUCUGAGCACUUUAGUGGGAGAAAAAUCUGUUACACAGAGAUGGGAGAGGGGAGAAAUCAGCAAUUUCCAGUAUCUGAUGCACCUAAACACUCUGGCAGGCCGAUCAUACAACGACCUCAUGCAGUACCCUGUCUUUCCUUGGAUCCUGGCGGAUUUUGACUCCGAGGAGCUGGAUUUGACAAAUCCCAAAACAUUUAGAAAUCUUUCUAAGCCAAUGGGAGCCCAGACUGAUGACAGGCUUGCACAGUAUAAGAAACGAUACAAGGACUGGGAGGAUCCUAAUGGGGAGACACCAGCGUACCACUAUGGAACCCAUUACAGUUCUGCUAUGAUUGUGGCAUCUUACCUUGUUAGGAUGGAACCAUUUACUCAGAUCUUCCUCCGGCUCCAGGGUGGGCACUUUGACUUGGCUGAUCGGAUGUUUCACAGUGUACGAGAGGGUUGGUUCUCUGCAUCUAAGCACAACAUGGCUGACGUGAAGGAGCUUAUUCCGGAGUUCUUUUAUCUUCCAGAGUUUCUUCUAAACUCAAAUAACUUUGAUCUUGGCUGUAAACAAAAUGGAACAAAACUGUGUGAUGUAAUUCUACCCCCAUGGGCAAAAGGCGACCCGCGGGAAUUUAUUCGAGUACACAGAGAGGCCCUGGAAUGUGACUACGUGAGUGCCCACCUGCAUGAAUGGAUAGACCUGAUCUUUGGAUACAAGCAACAGGGACCAGCUGCUGUAGAUUCGGUCAAUGUCUUUCACCAUCUCUUCUACGAGGGACAAGUGGAUAUCUACAACAUUAAUGACCCACUGAAAGAGACGGCUACUAUAGGCUUUAUUAACAAUUUCGGGCAGAUACCAAAGCAGUUGUUUAAAAAGCCACAUCCACCCAAACGUGUCAGAAGCAGGGUGAAUGGAGACUCGUCAUCAGUAUCCAUGCCACUGGGGUCUGCAUGUGACAAGAUAUUUUUUCAUCAUUUGGACAACUUAAGACCUUCCCUGGCUCCAGUCAAAGAACUGAAGGAACCUGUGGGUCAGAUAGUUUGUACAGAUAAAGGGAUUCUGGCUGUGGAACAAAACAAAGUUCUCAUUCCUCCAGCAUGGAACAAGACCUAUGCAUGGGGCUAUGCAGACCUCAGCUGCAGGCUGGGAACCUAUGAUUCUGACAAGGCAGUUGUUGUGUACGAAUGCUUAUCUGAAUGGGGCCAGAUCUUGUGUGCCAUUUGUCCAAACCCCAAACUAGUGAUCACCGGAGGAACCAGUACAGUCAUUUGUGUAUGGGAAGUCGGGACCUCAAAGGAGAAAGCUAAAGCCCUAACUCUGAAACAGGCUUUGAUUGGGCAUACAGACACCGUUACCUGCUUGACUGCCUCCCUGGCCUAUCACAUAGUUGUAAGCGGGUCACGUGACCGAACAUGCAUUAUCUGGGACCUUAACAAGCUGUCAUUUGUGACCCAGUUACGUGGACACAGAGCUCCAGUGUCAGCUCUUUGUAUAAAUGAGUUAACAGGUGACAUUGUGUCCUGUGCUGGCACAUACAUACAUGUAUGGAGUAUAAAUGGCAAUCCCAUUGUCAGUGUGAAUACCUUCACUGGAAGAAGCCAACAAAUACUGUGCUGCUGUGUGUCUGAAAUGAAUGAAUGGGACACCCAGAAUGUCAUUGUCACAGGACAUUCAGAUGGAGUGGUUCGUUUUUGGAGGAUGGAGUUUUUACAAGUGCCAGAGACGCCCGCUCCAGAACCUGCAGAUGCCUUGGAUUUACCAGAUGAGUGCUCAGAGACACAUUUAGGAACCGAAGCUCAGGAUGAUGAAAGCAGUGACUCUGAUGUAGAAGAUCAAAGCUCCAGUCAGGACACUGCAUCAAAGGACAGCCAAGCUCAGCCUAGCAAUGUUGUGCAUCGAGCAAGGGCAUCUUCUGCCAGGGCUGGCUUGGCAGCCUGGUCUGGAGAUAGUGGAUCCGAGGACUCCAAGCGCUGGUCGGAUCAGCUGAGCCUGGAUGAAAAAGAUGGCUUUAUAGUGGUAAACUAUUCUGAAGGCCAUUCAAAACAGUUCCCACAAGCUCAGAGCAGUGGCCAGACAAGCCAGCAGGAGGUCCGACACUAUAACAAACUGAAAACGGGAUACAGAUGGGAGCGACAGUUGGUAUUUCGAAGCAAACUUACUAUGCACACAGCAUUUGACCGGAAAGACAAUGCACAUCCUGCAGAGAUAACUGCACUGGGAAUAUCCAAGGAUCACAGCAGAAUUUUGAUUGGUGACGGCAGAGGGCGGGUGUUCAGCUGGUCUGUAAGCGAUCAACCAGGGCGAUCUGCUGCUGACCACUGGGUAAAGGAUGAAGGAAUGGACAGCUGUUCAGGAUGUGCAGUGAGAUUUUCCUUAACAGAGAGGAGACAUCACUGUAGAAACUGUGGCCAGCUUUUUUGCCAAAAGUGCAGCCGGUUCCAAUCUGAGAUCAAGCGCCUGAAGAUUUCUUCACCAGUGCGAGUGUGUCAGAACUGUUAUUAUAAUUUACAGCAUGAACGGGGCUCUGAGGAGUCUUCAAGGAACUAGAACACCUUUGGCCAUCUUGAUUACCACACAGAGCCCUUCCUUGUGCUAUCAUCAACAUUAUGAAAUGAAACUUUGAACUUUAGAAGAAAAAAAAAAAGUUUACAUGCAACCUUGAAUCAUGUUUUAAACACUGCAAGUAAAAAGGGAUCAUUCGGCUCACAUACAAAUUGUAUUUUAAGUCACUGAAGAGUGGACUUUUGAGGACAAUGGUGAGCUUUCAGACAUCUAUAAAUAUAUAUAUAGUUCUGCUGCUAUGUCUGCUGGCUGAAGAAAGCACCCAAACCAACAGUUCCUAUAAUUUCUUGUGUUUGUUUCAUUGGGCCGCCCAUCCUCUCAAGUAAUCUCUUAGAUAGCUUUCUUUGGACAAAUAAGCCGCUUGCGAAGAAAAAAAGACUUGCAGUCAUGUACAGAUUAUUGUAAAUAAAAUAUUGGCCUUUUUAUUGAAAUUGCAAAAUUGCCUGUUACAUGGGACUAAAAUUGAUAAACACAAGAAAUAUAUCAUCGAUAUACCUUUUGUCUGUACCCUUGUUUUAUUCAGCUUCCUUAAACAUGUAAGUUUCCAAGAUUUUCUAUAUGCCCCCUCCUGUGGCGCAUUAGGGGUAAUUUACUAAAGUCUUGGUACCAAUACAUAACUAGCUUGCACUGUGACUGCCAAAGAAACAGCGUAAAGUUAGAUUCAGCUUUAGUAAAAUGUGUAUGGUUACACAAGCUCAGUCUGUGCAUGUGUUUGGUUUUGGGGCUGUGCACUGAAUGAGAUAACACACCCUUACAUGUUUUUACCUAUAUAUGUAUAAUCCCUAUGAAAUAUAGGGACUAUGAAUUUACCAGUAUUGUAGAUUCCCUCUUCCACAGGACACACAGCCCAAUCUUGUUUGCAUGAAAAAAAAAUAGGAUUUAAAUGCCUUGAAUGAACACACAGUGCAAAGUAUGAAUUUGUCCACAAGAAACAGUGCAGUGCUGUUGAGAUUAGUGUUUUCUUUUUUGUUUUUUGUGUUCAAUUCAUUUUUUUUCUUCAGCAAAAGCCAUAUUUUAAUGUGAGUGGCUGCUGAGGGUUUCUCUGUAAUUUGUCCCAUGAAUGCAAAAUUUUGCCCUCUUUGACCACAACAAUUUUACUAUGGUUUUUCUUUAGCCAAUACAGCUUAAGAUCAUGUGUGUCUGACGCAACACAAGCCAUUCUUGAAUGCAGUAGUUCUGUGUAUUAUGUACAAUUUUAAAUUGAACUGGGCUGUGGCAAAGUGUUGCCGUAUUUAACAAUUUAAAAAGGGCUUUAUUUAACUCUUAUGAAAUUAAAAUAAACAAGCUUCAAUACACCAAAAAAGCAAUAUAUUGGGAAUUAACAUAACUAGCUUUGUAUUUUAGCCAUUAUUUAUUAUUUUUCGUUAACACUGACAUUUUAAAUGUAUAGAAUAUUUUUUUUAACAAAAAUAAGGUCACCAUUUUACUCCACAAUUAUUUAGGAGAGGGACAAGUGAGAAAACGUUUAGGAUUUUAUAAGGGAGAUCUCCCUUAGUGAGAACAAAUGCCAUGAGCUAUCACUAAUGGGUGACUGCACAUGUAUGAAUGUUUGCCUUCGAAUGCAGGAAAGACUUGGCAGAAGCUCCGCAGCAUUUAUUUUUCACACCUCUGUUCUGCAGUUCUGGAUAGUCUUGCAGUACAGGUUUUACCAGGUGUGUCACUAGCUUUCAGAUUAUUAGGCGGGGUGGUAAUUUCCUACUGUUUCUGGAAGGCUUAUAACUUGGAAAUGUUAUUCGCUUUCCCAAUAUGUGCAGGAUUACCUUGUUGUGCUGUCAGUGUACGAGGCACAAUAAUAAGGGCAGGGAACAAAAUUGGGCAGGGUAUGGCCCUUUUUUUCUGUACAGAAAAUGAAACAUAUGCAUGCCUUCUUUUUUUUCGAACAGGACACAAGUCCUACUUUUUACACCCCUAUGACUUGGCAAAGGUUGGUGUGACUUGCCUAAAUAUGGGCAGAUUGGGUGGGACUUAUUAUUGGAGUCUGGGAGCUAUAUGUACUGUAUAUGUGCUGACCAUCUCAAGGCAGUUUGCACCAGGAUAUUUGAGCAGUCUCUUGUCUGUUAUAAAUUUCAUUGCCACUUUUUUCUGCCUUGCAGCUCGUCAGAAGCACCCAUGUACUUUCCAGUGUACCUGUAAGAUGUACUCUAGUUGUAUUGUCAUGCUUACCAAUAGAACAGGCUUUGUAUGAGAGGUCCAACUAGCAGAACACUACCAAUAAAUUAUUUUGCACCUUUAUGUAAAAUAGCAGUAGCAGCCAAAUUUUAUUUUUGUUCUGUGUUAUUUUGAAAUUCAUUUGAUUUCAGUAACAUUAAAAAAAAAAAAUCUGUAUAAAAUAUUUAUGCAGUUAAAAGAAGCAAAAAAAAAACGUUUUUAGAAAGUAUUUUUCAUUUCAGCAAGUUUUGUUACUUGUUGCAUGAGUAAUUAACAAAGCUGACUUUUUGUGUCAGUGCGAUGUAUAUUUUUUAUUUUUUUUGUCCUGUUAUUAAUUUGUACGCACAUAAACACAGCCAUUGAUUUACAUGGCAGCAGAAGUUUGAUAAUAACUGGCUGAGGCUGGAGUGUGGAAUUUUGUACUGUAUUACAGUAUGUUUUUUUGGUGGUUAAAUGUUCACGGCCUGGAAGAAAAUCUUAUCUAGCGUGCAAUCUGUAUAUCUGAAUGUUCAUUGUAUAUUUGUCUCCAAUGCAAAAAGUAGAGUAACUCAAUUACAAUACAUGACUAAAUGCAAUAGGUCAGGUACGUAAGUUAAUUCUUUUUCAUUACAAAUAAAAUACCUACUAUUUACCACCAACAAA